AUGAGUUUUACAGACGUUUUUGAUCGAGAAUACUAUGAUAUUUUAGAAAUUGACCCUUCUGCAGAUUCAUUAACCAUCAAAAAAGCAUACAGGCGUCUUGCAAUUAAAUUUCAUCCAGACAAAAAUCCAGACAAUCCAGAAGAAGCAAGACAAAAAUUUCAAAAAAUUGGAGAAGCAUAUCAAGUAUUGAGUAACCCUGAUCUCAGGAAAAAAUAUAAUGUCUACGGCAAAAAAGAAGCAACACCUGAUCAAGGGUUUUGUGAUGCAUCUGAAUUUUUUGCUAACCUUUUUGGAGGAGAAGCAUUUGUUGACCUUAUUGGGGAAAUAUCAUUAAUUAGAGAUCUUACAAAAGCUUUAGAGAUUUCGGAAAUGGACAAAUCUUUAAACAAAGAAGGAAAAAAUGCAUCAGUAAAGUCUAUGUCGUCUUUUAUGAAUAAAAAAGCUAUUACAUCUACAAAUCCUGUAUUGUCACCGACUUCAACUGUUUCAGAAACAGAAAAAAAUACAGAAAAGCAUUAUAGAAAGAAGGGAUUAACAAAGGAACAGCAAGCAGAAUUACUAGCAUUCGAAAAAGAGAGAGCAGCAACACGAGAAAAACGUGUUGAAAAUCUUACAAAUAAGCUAUUAGAUCGAUUAAAUAUAUGGACAGAAAGUAGUAAAGAUGAAGCCACAACAAGAGCAUUUCAGGAAAAGAUAAAGUAUGAAGCAGAAAAUCUUAAAAUGGAGUCAUUUGGAGUAGAACUAUUAAAUGCUAUUGGCGUAAUAUACAUACAAAAAGGAACUACUUUGCUCAAAUCUCAAAAAUUCUUAGGUAUUGGUGGAUUUUUUAAUAAAAUAAAAGAAAAAGGCAAUAUAGUUAAAGAUGUUUUUACUACCAUUUCAAGUGCGCUAGAUGCGCAAAUGACAGCAGAACAAUUAGCCAAAUUAGAAGAAAAAGGCGGGGAAGACUGGACUAGUACACGUAAAAUUGAGCUCGAAAAAGAAAUGACAGGCAAAAUAUUAUUAGCAAGUUGGCGCGGAGCAAAAUUUGAAGUAUCUGGUGUAUUAAGAGAUGUAUGUGAUAAAGUGUUAUCAAAAUCCGUUCCUUUAGAAAAACGUAUAGAACGUGCACGGGCUUUAAUAAUGAUAGGUGCUAUAUUUUGUGAAACCCAGCCUGAUCCAGGAGAUGAAGGAAGAGUUUUUGAAGAACUUAUGCGAAAUUCCACAAAAAAAAAAGUUUAA